UGUAUAUUGUUUCCAGUCUGGGUGAACAAAAUAUCUUUUACUCCACAGAAAUGAAUGGAAGGCAGAUUUGAUUAUUCAUUCCAUCUUGUCUCCCAUAGGAGGAAAAUAUUUCUUACCAGUCUCUAGUCUCAAAGUGGUGAACCCUGCAGGCAGCAGGCCUUCUGAAAAAAAUCCAUGGGUGACAGAAGAUUCAUUGACUUUCAAUUUCAAGAUUUAAAUUCAAGCUUCAGACCCAGGUUGGGCAAUGCUACUGCCAAUAAUACUUGCAUUGUUGAUGAUUCCUUCAAGUAUAAUCUGAAUGGUGCUGUCUACAGUGUUGUAUUCAUCCUGGGUCUGAUAACCAACAGUGCCUCUCUGUUUGUCUUCUGCUUCCGAAUGAAAAUGAGAAGUGAGACUGCUAUUUUCAUCACCAAUUUGGCCCUUUCUGAUUUGCUCUUUGUCUGCACUCUACCUUUCAAAAUAUUUUACAAUUUCAACCGUCACUGGCCUUUUGGUGACACCCUUUGCAAGAUCUCUGGGACUGCAUUCCUCACCAACAUCUAUGGGAGCAUGCUCUUCCUCACCUGUAUUAGCGUGGAUCGUUUCCUGGCCAUUGUCUAUCCCUUCCGAUCUCGUACCAUUAGGACAAGGAGGAAUUCUGCCUUUGUGUGUGCUGGAGUCUGGAUCCUAGUCCUCAGUGGUGGUAUUUCAGCCUCUUUGUUCUCCACUACUAAUGUCAACAAUGCAACCACCACCUGUUUUGAGGGCUUCUCCAAACGUAUCUGGAAGACUUAUCUGUCCAAGAUCACCAUAUUUAUUGAAGUUGUUGGUUUCAUCAUUCCUCUGAUUUUAAAUGUCUCUUGCUCUUCUGUGGUGCUAAGAACCCUCCGCAAGCCUGCUACACUGUCUCAAAUUGGAACCAAUAAGAAAAAAGUGCUGAAGAUGAUCACAGUUCAUAUGGCAGUCUUUGUGGUAUGCUUCGUACCCUAUAACUCUGUCCUCUUCCUGUAUGCCCUAGUGCGCUCCCAAGCCAUUACCAAUUGCUUGUUGGAAAGAUUUGCAAAGAUUAUGUACCCAAUCACCUUGUGCCUUGCAACUCUGAACUGUUGCUUUGACCCUUUUAUCUAUUACUUCACCCUGGAGUCUUUUCAGAAGUCCUUCUAUGUUAAUACCCAUAUCAAGAUGGAAUCCCUGUUUAAGACUGAAAUACCUUUGACCACAAAGCCUUCCCUUCCAGCUAUUCAAGAGGAAGUUAGUGAUCAAACAACACAUAAUGGUGGUGAAUUAAUGCUAGAAUCCACCUUUUAGGUAAUGAGAACUGUCCAGAUAUGGUUUUUCCUAGGAUUUUUCCUAUGCUAUGAAUAAGAGAAACAAUUUGAAGCUAGUGAUAACUGAAAAUAGAUUAAUGUACUGAAUACAGUCAGGUACAUUUAUUUGAAUGUUUAUUGUGCAUAUGCUGUUUUGUUCAAUAAUUAUAGGUCAGGUCUAAUUACAACAACCAAAAGAGAUUGCCAAACUCUUCUGCUGGGUUAUAAUUUCAUUGUGUCACAUUAUACAAGUGGCCAGUGGCCUUUGCUUCAGUGAUAUAAAGAUUAUCGUAAAUUUUUUAGAAAGAUAUUUCCACUCUGGUAAUAUUUGUUAAUUAGGUUGGGCCUAUAAAUAUAGAACAAAUUCAGGGAUUAUUUUAAAAAAAACUUUUGUGUUACUACUGAUACAUGUUACGCUUUUUUUUCCUUUUUUUGUAUUAUUAUAGAGUAUAUUUUUAGCAUAAGAACAUAUUGUAGCCUAACAUUAUUGGUAAAAAGUGUAUCCAAUUUAAAAGAACUGACAAAUUUCAUUGUGUAUGUUUUGAAAACAGAAACAUAAAUUGCGUUUGCAUAAAUAUGGAUGGGAAGAAACAAAAUUAGCUGGAUUUACAAUUUACAAUUGUAAUCACCAGCAGUGUCAGUUUUUUUUAAUCUUCCUUUUUUUACACUACAUUAAGAUUUUCAUAUGAAAUUUCAAAUCCGGAAAGCUGUGCUCAAAACAAUUACAGAAUAAAAAAUCACAUAAAACAACAAAUGUCCAUUAAAAAAACUAGCAAUACCAACAUUUUUUUCUUAGAAUUUUUAAUUAUCUUUCUUUUGAGAGACUGAUACUAUAUAAUAUUCUUCGUAUGAUAUUUUGGAGCACAAUGCAUUUAUUCCCAGGUCAGGAGCAAAUUGAAAAAAUUAACAACAAAAUAAUAACACAAAAUAAAAUCAUAAAGCACAUUUUAAAAUCUUGCUUAAAAUUUCAUUAAUAAAUUUUUUUGGGAGGAGAGGAGAUCUGUAACUUUAAAUAACUUAUUCUUUCAUGUUAAAUUUUGGAGCACAAUGCAGCCAGGUUGCUGCUAGAGUUUGUGGCCAGAUCAGGAGCAUAUUGAAAAUAAAUUCAUAAACCAAACUAAACCAAUACAAUAAAACUCAGAAAAACUGCAAAACAACAAAACAAUAGAAAAUAAUCCCUAGCACUUGCAUUUGUAUUUUAUUUAUUUUUGGAGGUUCUGUAAAUUUAAAAGUAUCAUAUCAUUUGUGUGCAAUUUCAGAGUACAAUACAGGUAGAAAUCUGCUAAAUUUGUGCCCAGGUCAUGACUAUAUUGGGGGGGGGACCCCAUAAAACAAUUGCUUACAAAACAAAACAAAACAAAACACACAAGAAUUUAGAAUUUGCAUUUUCUUAAGGAUUUUUAAAACUUGCAAAAUACCAUGAUUUUCAUAUGAUGCUUUGGAUCAAAAUGCAGUUAGGAAGCUGCUAAACUGGUGUUAGUUCAGGAGCAAUCAAAAUAAAUAUUUACAUAUACACAAAAGAAAACAUUUUUUUGUAACACCCUUAAACAAUAAAAGAAACAAAAUAAUCUUUAAAACCUUUUACUAUUUAUUGGAUGAAAUGUAGAUUUAAGCAUAUUAAGACGUGUAAAUGGAGCUUCUGAGCACAGUAUAAUUUGAAAGGUGCUACAUUUGUGCUCAUGUCAGAAAGAAUGAAAAUAUAUUCCCUCAUCUACAUUCUACACACACACACACACACACACACACACACAAUUAAACACUGCGAAACAAUAGAAAUAUUCUUAAAAUGUGUAUUGAUCAAACUUUAAAAUAUUUGGAUGAUAUGGUAAUUUAAAAAUGCUAAGACUUUUAAAGUAAAACUUCCAGGAAUAAUGCAUGUGCCAGGAAGUGAUUUGAAAAAAAAAAAACACACACACACACACACACCAUAAAACGAUAAUAGAAAAAAUAAAUAUUUUAAAUGAUACUCAAAUUCUUUUUUAUUU